CAAUUCCGAUACUUCAACCGCGCCUGGUUUACGGCUUGAGAACCGAUAUAGCGGGGAACGCGCAUUUCUUAAGCGACGACGAAGUUUUGUAUCCCGUGGGAGGACUUUUGGCUGUCAACAAUUUCGCGCAGAAACGUCAACGAUUCGGGAAACUGCCGGAGAAAGGCAGGAACGUUACGCAAAUAUGCGUAAGUCCGAGCCGGAAGUUGAUUGCAAUCUCAGAACGUGGCGAGAAACCAUCGAUUUACUUGUACGAUGCGGCAACAUUGAAGAAGAAGAAGCAGUUGCACCUACCCGCCGAGAAGGAUUCCGCUACUCAGUUUGCGACGAUGGAGUUCUCCUACGAUUCCUCAAAGUUGUUCGCGGCUUCUGCGGAACCGGAAUGGACCAUGUAUGUCUAUCGAACUGACAAGGGGAAGGUGGAAAAUACUGCGAAGGGAAACAAUUUAAAUGGCACCGGGACUGUUAACCAGAUCGCGUGUAACCCAAACGAUUUUAACGUCGUCGCAUUAGUCGGAAGCGUCGUUUUCAAGAUAUUGGCUUGUUCGGAUAACGUAUGGAGGCAGUUUGGGUACAGUAAAGCCGACAGCUUAAAUUUAACUGCGGUUACUUGGUUGGCGCAAGAGCGACUUAUGGCGGCGACUGCCGAUGGAAAGUUUAUGAUCUUCGAAAGUGGCGAAUUGAAAAUGAUUGCUUGGGCGGGCGAUCUUCCGGUUUUAAGUUUGAAGGCAGCCGAAAAAGAGGAAUUGCACGAAUCUUCACAGACGAAUUUGAGUGAGCCCAGUGCUGGAAGCAUCCAAAUGGGCGAAGAUUACCGCAUUCACUGCCUCAUAUCCUUUCCAAGAGGGUUCGCCUUUGCAUACCUAAACGGAACCGUGCAUUUCUACGAAAAAGAAGCACCGCAUAGAUAUAAGAAGAGGAACAUUUACAAAGUGCCUGAUCGUAAUAUAAUCAGAAAAGAAUCAGACGCCGAAUUUGUAAUGAAUGAGAUCACAUCCUUGGGCAUCAACACCUCUCAGGAGAGGCUGGUGCUUACGUGCAAGCAGAAUCAGCUCUACACCGUAAAACUGUGGGGAGUCGACCUGUUCACCAACCCCGAGGUGACGUUCACGGAAUACGGGCAGGCGCUGCAUCACGGAACCAUCGGCGGCUUGGAUGUCUGCGCAUGGAAACCCAUCUUCAUAACGUCAGGCGAAUGGGAUAGGACCUUAAGGGUUUGGAAUUACGAGACCGAUUCAAUCGAAUUGAUCAAACAAUUCCAAGAAGACAUACGCGGUGUCGCCCUUCAUCCCACCGGCUUAUACGCGGUCGUGGGAUUCUCUGACAAGCUUCGCUUUCUGACCAUAAUGAUCGACGAUUUUGUUACGACCAGAGAGUUUCCCAUUAGAAAUUGUAGAUCGUGCACGUUUAGCAACAUGGGCCAUUACUUUGCGGCGACCAAUGGCAAUUUGAUACAGGUUUAUUCGACAACCACUUUUGAGAACGUAUUCAAUCUCAAGGGACAUAAUGGAAAGCUACUAUCAAUGUCGUGGGUCCAUAACGACUACAAGAUGACAUCGUGCGGCAACGAAGGCGCUGUUUACGACUGGGACAUCAUCACGCAGAAACGUGUCGCCGAGACGAUCGUAAAAUCGUGCGCAUUUUCCGGCGUCGCGGUAACGUCGGACGGCAAAUUCUCCUACUCGAUCGGAUCCGACGGACACAUCCGCCAGAUCACGAACGCGAACAUCUAUCGCGAGGUGCUCGUCACGAAAGACGGAUUAGACUCGAUCGUCCUCUCGAACUCUAACCAGAUGCUAUUCGUUAGCGGAAACGAGGGCACCAUCUAUUCGGUUCAGUUACCCAUCCUAGAUACGGCCGAGUACGUGGAAUUCGGAGGUCAUUGCGCGACAGUGCAAAGGAUGAGAAUUUCGUACGAUGAUCGAUUUUUAAUCUCGGCGUCGUCCGAUGGCGUCAUCGCGGUGUGGAAGCUGAUGCACACGGAAGGAAAAACGUUAAAAGUCGACAAGGAUUUUAUUCCCUCUACCGACAUACUCAUCACGCGCGUUGACUUGGAGGAAAAAAUCGAACUGAUCAGGACUUUACAGUUGAGAAUGCACGAGCUGAUGACCGAACAUUCCUAUCAAAUGAGGAACGUGGAAGCGCUAAAUAAUACCAAAAUGAGGGAAGUGCACGAAAAGUACUGUAUGGCGCUUGAAGAUUUAAAAGAUAAGAAUGAACAAUUAGAAUCGGAGCACGCGCAAGAAAUUAGUAACAUGACUGUUGAAACAAGCAACCUAAAAUUGGCGCAUGAGCAGUUUAUCCAAAAACUCGACGUUAGCUACAAUGACAAACUCAUCGUUGAAUACCACAAAUAUAUGAGCUUGGAAGAGAAGAUGGGUGCCAUGAGGACCAAAUACGAGAAGGAGUUAGAUGUCCUGCGCGAUGCGAAAAAGACAUCAGAAGAGUCGAUAAAGAACGAUUUUCUACAAAAGUUGCACGAGAAAGAAGUGCAUGUGGAAGAGUUGAUAGAAGAAACCAACGCGAAAACGCGAGAGCACGAGUUAAUAAAGCAACAAAUCGAAGAUGACGCCGACAGAGAAAUUUACGAACUGAAAACAUCGCACGAAAAGCUGCUCAAAGAAGAGCAGGACAAUAACGUCAAGCUGAAGGGUGAAACGGGAAUACUACGCAAGAAGUUGCUAGCCGGCCAGAAAGAAAUUGACGAGUUGAAGUACUCGGUUUACAGUCUUCAAUGCGAACAAGCCAAGUUUAAGACCGCCAUAGUUGGCUUGGAAAAAGACAUCGCCGAUUUGAAAAAGGAAAUUUCGGAACGCGACACAACCAUCCAAGAUAAGGAAAAGCGAAUCUACGAACUGAAGCGUAAAAACCAAGAGCUGGAGAAGUUCAAGUUUAUUCUCGACUUUAAAAUUAAGGAGUUAAAGUCGCAGAUCGAGCCCCGAGAUAAGCAAAUACGUGAGCAAACCGAGCAAAUCAACGACAUGGUUAACGAGCUGGAGAACCUUCAAAAGAUCAUCGUUAACCUGGACAUACAGCUUGGAGAACUGAGAGAGAAGCUGAGCGCGGCCGAUCACGAACUCAAGAGAGAAAUUGUUAAAAAUCGAGCGUCUAAGGCAGCCCUGAAAACCAUCAGAACAGAUUUGCAUCACGUCAGCGGAAUCAUACAGGAGCCGGCGAAGUUGGCAAAGGCGCUAAAGGAGAUGUACCACAAAUACAACGCCGACAAAGAUUUCGACGUAAUUCGCGUCGAGGAAGGGGAAGCCAGAAAUGAGUUCCACCGCCAAAGAGAUUUUCUGGAACGCACCGUAAAAACCCUACAGCAGCAGGUUAUAACGUUCUCGAAAGCCGGAGGUGGCGAUAAAAUCAGACUGGUGGAGGAGAACGCGACCUUAAUAGCGGAGACGAACAAGUUGAGGAGAAAUUUGAAAACGGAAUCCACCGAGAAGAAGAAGAUGCAGUCUUUGCUCGGCUUGACCGCGAAGUACAUGCCGGCGAGGCAGGCCCAGAAACGUUUGAACGAGGCCGUGAUGACGAGCAAAGAUAUACAAGAAAGUUUCAAGCAGAAACUAGACGAUGAUCAAAAUACGAUUGGUGCAUUGAAAAAUGAAAACGCCCGUCUUCUCGAUAAAAUAAUGGAGGAGAGAGAACAAAAAUAGCUUUGAUUUUAAUGUUUAUAUUUUAGAUUAAACAUUCCACUUUUGUUUUAUAUACCUAUUUGCUCCACGUUGAACUCCAUGAAUUGUUUAUA